GCUAAGCUGGCUUAUGGCGACGAGGGAGAUGUGGGAGGCUCUCCAGCGCAAACGCAUUCCAAAGGUCACACCGGUGCGCCAACUUUUAGAAAGAGUGUUUCCAUCGCUACCUAGCUCGGACAAGGAGAGGGUGGCGGAUUUGCUGGUGAGCAAGGGCAUUUGCAAAGCAGCGGACUUUAGAGAUCAAAGGGUCUACACUGGGCGUCUUGUUGAUUGGGGUGUGCCACAAUGGAUUGCCAAGGGCCUUGUGGGCAAGGGUGUAGUCGAUCCAAGUAUGCCAAAGGAGGUGCGCGAGGCAGCGCUGGAUUGUGCAGCCUUGGACUUGAACAUCGAGGAUGCAAAAUUUGAGGAGGACGGACUGUUUUCCACCUCUCGGGGUGUUAGCACUGAGCUGCAGCUAAAGCUGCAGGCUGCGAUGGCGAGCUGGGAUUCUUGGUGGCACUUGGCGUUGGGAGGCUUUGAGGAUCCAGAAGAGGAAGCGCUCGUCACCGAUCUGUUCAAGCAGGAGGAAGUGGCAGUCAUGUAUGGGUUCCGCGCCCUGCUCGACACAAUCAUCCGGGAAGCACCCGUCGUGUACCAUAUGAUCUCCAGCAACUGCUUCACUGGGAGCUUCUACUUCGUGCAAGGUUCUUCUCUCGUCGACGUUAGUGACGACACCCUGGAUUGGUCCAAGGUGGUGUGGAUGCUGCAAGUUUCGAGCGAGGAGAUUCACUAUGGCUGGGCAGUGGGAAGGAUGAUUCUUGGUGUGAGGGAGAUGUUCUCGUCCCAGCCCCGCAGGCAACUGGCCUUUGGUGUCGUGGCUGGUCACAACUUCGUGCAUGUCUACGCGUUUCAUAAACCGAGAGAGGAUGAGAAGCUACUACCUUCGUAUGUGGAUAAGUGGAUGUUCACGUACGAAGCAUGCCAUAGUGGAUUUGUGCUGCUCGUCCAUCUCCUGUGUAUUGCUCCUGCUGUGCACGGCUUUGUCGAUGUCCAAUGAGUUUUUAAUCAGGCAACAUGUUUCGCCUUGGUCUAGCCAUCCUGACUCUCGAAUUUUUUUUUUCAAGAUAAAUAAUGCUUGAAAAAAUGUACCUUCUUCAAAUUCUAAAAGAUAUUUAUAUA